AUGUCGAAGAUAGUAGCGACACUAGGCGAAAGUGACAACUCUAGUCUUGGAGUCGAAGGGAACAAGGAUGGCGCAGACGCUGCCACCCAAACAGCAGACAAAUCUUCUUAUAUACCAGAUAUUCUCAACAGUGUCGACGAACUCACCCAUCGACCAUCAUCUGAGAAAAGCUCAAUGAGUGAAAUCAACCAACCCAUUGUUGGAGGGCUUGAGACUUUGCCACAAAAAACCACCACCCAACACUCUCAGACAAGUGGUGAUUCACCUGAUGUCGAAGGUGCAGAUGAUGACCCUCGAGGAGGAAAUGACGACCAAGAUGAGGAGGUAGGAGAAGAAGAAGAAGAAGAAGUCGAAGAGCCGUCGGUAUUCGACGAUAUUCCUGAUGUUGAUGAGGAGGAGGAGAUUAAGGACCAAGAUGACAAUGGUGAGGGGGGCCAGGGUGAAAUAAACGAAGGACAACAUCAGGGCCAAACUCCUGCAACCCCCACAACUGAAGUUACUCCCGAGGGUAUCAAAGCUUCGACAAGAGCAACUUGGGGGUCUCUCUUUAGAGGAAUUAGCAGUUCUUAA